AUGGAGCGUAUUCCUUACCUCAGAUGCUCUCGACGAGGUACACCAACUGGAUGGACAGUACAUUGUAUAGUCCGUGUACAGAAGCUGCUUUCUCGUGACAAACCUAUGGAAGGACCUCGAGAUCUGGACCACUCGAUUCAAAGUUACGCUAAAGCUUUCAACACAACCCUCUACUGCAACCCAUCAUUCAUGGCUUCCUCGGAGCAGUUCUUGGUCUGCGCAUCGAACGGCAGCAUCAACCCCAAUGACCCUAUCCCAAGGCUUUCAUGCAUUGGGCCAGCUCCCAGUUCUCCCCACGCCCUCAAAGAAGUAAUCCGCGGGGGUAUUCACCUCCCACCCGAGUUACUGGACAUCAACGCUGCUCUACGCCGCGAACGAGCCCACGAUAUCGACCUGGAGAAAUCCCGCAGGCACCGCGCAAAACGACGUGCCGAAGAUCCAAUCGGUUACAAGCAGCGCUUUACUCCUGAUAAGAAGUCCUGGAGUCUGAAGAACCCCGACAAAGUCCUAAAGAUUGCUACGAAAGUCUAA